CCUUGACUGAUAUGGCCAAUAAUCCCAAUUUCUUAUUUUUUCCUGUUCUUUCAGGCAAAUUUGGAGCCCAAAGUGACUGAAACCAUGGGGGGAGGAAAUAAUUCGGUGGUGUCUGAGAUUGUGUUGGUGGGACUCACCAAUUCUUUGAAGAUGCAGCUUGUCUUAUUUCUAGUUUUCUCUGUGUUCUAUGUCACAGGUAUUUUAGGAAACCUCCUCAUUGUGCUCACAGUGAUUUCUGACUCCCAUUUACACUCCCCUAUGUACUUCCUGCUGGCCAACCUCUCUUUUAUUGACAUGUGGGUUUCCUCCAUUGCAGCUCCCAAGAUGAUUUCUGAUCUUUUCAAGGAGAGAAAAGUAAUCUCUUUCCAAGGCUGCAUUGCUCAGAUGUUCUUCAUUCAUGUUAUUGGAGGAACUGAGAUGGUUCUGCUCAUUGCCAUGGCCCUUGACCGUUAUGUUGCUAUAUGCAGGCCUCUUCACUACCUGACCAUCAUGAACUUCAGAACUUGUAUUUUACUCUUGGUGGUGGCCUGGACCAUUGGGAUCAUCCACUCACUGAUCCAACUUGUGUUUGUUGCAAACCUGCCACUCUGUGGCCCCAACGAACUGGACAGCUUUUACUGUGAUCUUCCUCGAUUUAUUAGGCUUGCCUGCACAGAAACUUACAGAUUGGAGCUCAUGGUCACUGCCAAUAGUGGUUUCAUCUCUCUGGGGACUUUUUUCAUUUUGGUUAUUUCCUAUAUCUUCACCUUGGUCAUUGUUUGGCAACGUUCUUCAGGUGGCUUGUCCAAGGCCCUCUCUACUCUGUCAGCUCACAUCACAGUGGUAGUCUUGUUUUUUGGUCCAUGUAUUUUUGUGUACUCAUGGCCAUUUCCCACAGUGCCAGUGGAUAAGUUCCUUGCCAUUUUUGACGUAAUUAUUACCCCAUUUCUGAACCCUGCCAUCUAUACUUUUAGGAAUAAAGAGGUGAAAGUGGCAAUGAGGAGAAUAUUCAGUCAGGUGUCGAGUUUCAGGAAGAUGUUUGAAGUAAUUUUGAUAUCAAGAAAGACAAGCAUCUCUAACAUUCCCUGA